AUGGUUCAUGUCGAAGAAGCGUUGCAAAUUCCCCGGGACUUUGAGGGUUUCGGCGAAGAAGGUUUAGAUCCAAAAUGGCCAAAUGGGGCUCGUAUCGCGGUUUCCUUCGUUCUCAACUAUGAGGAAGGUGGAGAGAGAAGCACUUUGGACGGAGACCCUUUCUCAGAACCGUAUUUGUGGGAGAAAGGCGCAUCCGGUGGCUACAAAGAAGGUGCCAGGUACUUGAAUGCUGAGCAGGAUUUUGAGUACGGGAGUCGCUCAGCCUCUUGGCGCCUUAUCCGUCUCUUCAAAGAGUUUGGUUGGAGCUUCACUACUUAUGCUGUAGCGUACGCGCUCAAACGCAACCCCACCUUUGCAAAAGCGCUUGUCCGAGACGGGCACGAAAUCGCUUGCCACGGACUCAGAUGGCUGGACAUCUGGAACUACUCACUUGAAGAGGACAAGGAGUACAUCAAGCAGAACAUUCUGAUGCUGAAGGAAGUUUCGGGCGAGAUGCCCGUUGGCGCUUACUUUGGCCGCGGCACACCCAAUACGCCUUCGCUGUUCCCAGAGGUAUGGAAGAGUCUCGGGGGAGAGUUUCUCUGGUCUUCAGAAUGCUACAACGAUGACGUUCCUUACUGGCUCGACUUGCCAUGGGAAAAAGAGCUGCCAGAGGAGAAGCGCGAAGGCAUGCUUCUCAUCCCGUACAACUACGAUUGCAACGAUGGAAAAUUCCACAUGUCGCCCGGCUUUGGCAGCUCUGUUGCGGAGACGUAUGAGCAGUAUCUGAAGAACACAUUUGAUUGCUUGUAUAGGGAGGGCGGCAAACUCAUGAAUAUUCCCUUGCACACACGCAUCAUCGGCAAACCAGGUAGAUCAGAGGCUUUGAGGAAGUUCAUGAAGUAUGUUGCGGAAAAGGAAGGAGUUUGGGUCACCACGAGACGGGACAUUGCCAAACACAUGAGAGCCGAGUUUCCAUACAAGCCGAAUAGGGAGUGGAUGAAGGGUGUAUGA